UUACCAUUCUUUCAUUCUUUUGCGUCUGGCUUUGUCGCGUCCACGCGUGUUCCGUACAAGUAACACUGUCAAAAUGGCGCUUAACCUAUUAGUCAAAGUUCACCCUGUUGUUUUAUUUCAAAUUGUUGAUGCAUAUGAACGUCGAGGCGCCGAGGCUUACCGAGUCAUCGGUACUCUUUUGGGUACUGUAGAGAAAGGUGUUGUUGAAGUGACAAACUGCUUUUGUGUACCUCACAAGGAAUAUGAAGACCAAGUUGAUGCUGAACUCAACUACGCCAUGGAUUUAUAUGAGCUGAAUCGUAGAGUCAACGCACAAGAAAAUAUUGUUGGCUGGUGGGCCACUGGAAAUGAGGUUACCAAUCAUUCCUUUGUUAUUCAUGAGUAUUAUGCUCGUGAAUGCAACAAUCCUAUUCAUUUGACAGUAGAUACAACUUUGGAAGGAACAACUAGAAUGGGUAUUAGGGCUUAUGUUUGUGUAAAGCUGGGAGUUCCAAAUGGUAAAACUGGUUGCAUGUUUACACCAGCCAAAGUGCAAAUUCAGUGUUAUGAUCCAGAAGUUGUUGGUUUACAACUUUGUGCAAAAUCUAUCAGGCAAACACAAGGAAACAAGCCAGGUGGUAUUGUGGAACCAAUGAUGGAUCUUGCUCAAAUUGCUGAAGCUAGUACAAAACUUUCUUUAAUGUUGGAUAGUGUUCUGCAGUAUGUUGAUGAUGUUUUAGAUAAAAUAGUCUCUUCAGAUAAAGAGAUUAUUCCUGAUAAUCAGGUUGGACGUGCUCUUCUUGAUAUGGUGAAUUCAGUACCCAAAAUGACUAGUGAUCAAUUUGAUGAAAUGUUCAAUAGCAAUGUGAAAGAUCUUCUCAUGGUUGUUGCACUAUCACAACUUAUCAAAGUGCAGUUACAACUCAACGAGAAAUUAACUCUGUUGACAACGUUAUGAACAUAAAGAAGUUUUUAAUUUUACUGUUAUAAUUUACUUCCAAAACACUUGAAAACGUAAAAACAAGAUAUAAAUAAAGCAAAAUUUUAAUAUAUCAUUAGUAUUUAUUACUUUUAUAUAAUACUCACUUGGAAAGCCAUUUAAAAUGUGACAAA